AUGAAGAAAGUUUGUUGGCCCUAUUUUGAUCCCGAGUUCGAUAAUCUUCCGGAGAGGAUAUUUGGUCCCUCUUGUAAAGUCGACAUUGACAAUGAAAGCUGUGAAGAUUGCUCAGUGGUAAAGGUAGAUAGUGUAAACAAGCAGGGCCUCCUCUUAGAAGUUGUGCAAGUAUUGACAGAUUUGAACCUCGCCAUCUCAAAGAGCUACAUUUCCUCUGAUGCAGGAUGGUUCAUGGAUGUUUUUCAUGUCACAGAUGAAGAUGGCAACAAAGUUACCGAUCAAACAGUCAUCAACUAUAUCCAGCAGGCCAUAGGUACAGGCAGGAAAACCCCAAAGUCCUGUGGCGCCGCCAAUAAUAGGGUAUUGGACUCCUCGGAGCCUCCCCGCUGCAGCGAGCGCACUACCAUCGAAAUGAGCGGAACCGACCGGCCUGGCCUCUUCUCCGAGAUAUCGGCGGCGCUCGCCGACCUCCGCUGCAACGUGGUGGAGGCUCACGCCUGGACCCACAAUGCCCGCCUAGCUUGCGUCGCCUACAUUUCCAACAAUCAGUUUUCCGACGCCCCCAUCGACGACCCCCACCGCCUGGCCACCAUCGAAGACCACCUCACCACCGUCCUACGCGCCACCUCCACCUCUACCUGCGCCACGGAGACCAUGUCCAACAAGAGGGAGGUGAAGACGGCGGGAUUUCCUGGAGGAGAGGGCGGCGGGGUCACCGCGACGAGCGUGGAGAGACGGCUGCAUCAGCUUAUGGUGUCAGUGCGGGACUUUGAGGGGCCAUCGAGCUCGUACGUGGUGCCGUGGGGACGGAGUAAUAACUCGUCGGUGGUAUCGAUAGAGAGCUGCGACGAGAAGGGGUACUCGAUAGUGAGUUUAGAGUGUAAGGAUCGGUCAAGGCUCAUGUUCGACACGGUGUGUACGCUCACGGAUUUGCAGUAUGUCAUUUUCCAUGCUUCUACUGGUUCUCGUCAAGGUCAUGCAUUUCAGGAAUACUUUAUCCGACACAUGGACGGACGUGCUUUAAAGACAGAUAGCGAAAAGGAACGAGUGGUGAAAUGCUUAGAAGCUGCCAUAGAGCGCCGUGUUUGUGAGGGGGUGCGGUUAGAAUUAUGUGCAAAGAAUAGGGUAGGGUUGUUGUCGGACAUAACUAGAGUUCUUCGAGAAAAUGGUCUCACCGUGGUUCGAGCAGAUGUGGCAACCCAAGGAGGAAAGGCUGUGAAUGCCUUCUACGUGAGAGACAUUUUUGGCAACGAUGUAGAUAUGGAGUUCAUUGAGUCAUUGAAGAGAGAGAUGGGUUUGAUAAACCUUGAAGUCAAGAAUGAGACAAUGCCGAGGUCGAGCUCAUUGCCAGAUCAAAGGUCUCGAUUCUCUAUCGGUGACAUGCUAAAAUCGCAGAUCGAGCGCUUUUCCCACAACUUCAUUCCAACUAGGUAGAUUAGAGGAUGCUUGUGGAAGUACUUAAUUACCAUGCACGAAUGCAGGUUUCGUUGUAUUUUUUUCACAUGACCUAGCGGCCUUGUACAUAAAUAAACGAAGUUGUAUUAGAUUUUUAAGAAUGCAUUGUUUGUAGGAAUGUAAAUGAAGGGAUUUCAAUCUCUUUGAUGUCAUGGCCAAAAAAAAAAAAAAAAAAUCUUAGCACUUGUGAUUAGAAG